CGGCGGCGGCGGCCCGGGGGCGCUCCGGGUAGCGCGCACGCACGCACGUACGCGCGCGCGCCAGGCUUCGUCCUGGUCCGCUCCCGCAUUGGCGGCGGCGGCGGCGGCGUCCGCGGCGUCCGCGUCCUCCCCCGCGUCCGCCAUGGAGGCCGGGCCCGAGGACUUCGUGCCCCCGCCCGAGUGCCCCGUCUUCGAGCCGAGCUGGGCCGAGUUCCGGGACCCGCUGGGCUACAUCGCCAAGAUCCGGCCCAUCGCCGAGAAGUCGGGCAUCUGCAAGAUCCGGCCGCCGCCGGACUGGCAGCCUCCCUUUGCUGUGGAAGUGGACAACUUCAGGUUCACCCCCCGGAUCCAGAGGCUGAAUGAACUGGAGGCCCAGACCAGGGUGAAGCUCAAUUACUUGGACCAGAUAGCCAAGUUCUGGGAGAUCCAGGGCUCCUCCCUGAAGAUCCCAAAUGUGGAGCGGCGCAUCUUGGACCUCUACAGCCUCAGCAAAAUUGUGGUAGAGGAGGGGGGUUAUGAGGCCAUCAGCAAGGACCGCCGGUGGGCCCGUGUGGCCCAGCGCCUCAACUACCCAGCGGGCAAGAACAUUGGUUCCCUGCUGCGCUCUCACUACGAGCGUAUCGUCUACCCCUAUGAGAUGUACCAGUCUGGAGCCAAUCUGGUGCAGUGUAACACGCGUCCGUUCGAUAGUGAAGAGAAGGACAAAGAGUACAAGCCCCACAGCAUCCCUCUGCGGCAGUCGGUGCAGCCCUCCAAGUUUAACAGCUACGGACGGCGAGCCAAGAGACUGCAGCCUGAUCCGGAACCCACUGAGGAGGACAUUGAGAAGAACCCUGAGCUGAAGAAGCUACAGAUCUAUGGGGCUGGCCCGAAGAUGAUGGGCCUGGGUCUCAUGGCCAAGGACAAGAGUCUUCGAAAGAAGGAUAAGGAUGGCCCCGAGUGCCCCCCUACGGUGGUGGUGAAAGAGGGGGUGGGCACCGAGCCGAAGCUGGAGCCAGCUUCCCCUAAAGCCUUCGUGGAUGGCAAAGAGGAGCUGAGCCACAGCCCUGAACCGUGUACCAAGAUGACCAUGAGGCUGAGGAGGAGUCAUAGCAAUGCCCAGUUUAUUGAGUCGUACGUGUGCCGGAUGUGUACCCGAGGGGACGAAGAUGACAAGCUCCUGCUGUGCGAUGGCUGUGAUGACAACUACCACAUCUUUUGCCUUCUGCCCCCUCUUCCGGAGAUCCCCAAGGGCAUCUGGCGCUGCCCUAAGUGUGUCAUGGCGGAAUGUAAACGCCCUCCAGAGGCCUUUGGCUUUGAGCAGGCCACGCGGGAAUACACAUUGCAAAGCUUUGGCGAGAUGGCUGACUCCUUCAAGGCUGACUACUUCAACAUGCCUGUGCAUAUGGUACCCACAGAGUUAGUGGAGAAGGAAUUCUGGCGUCUCGUGAACAGCAUUGAGGAAGAUGUGACCGUGGAGUAUGGGGCUGAUAUCCAUUCCAAGGAGUUUGGCAGUGGCUUCCCCAUCAGUGACAGCACACGGCACCUAUCCCCUGAGGAGGAGGAGUAUGCAGCCAGUGGUUGGAACCUGAAUGUCAUGCCCGUCCUGGAGCAGUCGGUCCUGUGCCACAUCAAUGCCGACAUCUCAGGCAUGAAGGUGCCAUGGCUGUAUGUGGGUAUGGUCUUCUCAGCCUUCUGCUGGCACAUUGAGGACCACUGGAGCUACUCCAUUAACUACCUCCACUGGGGAGAGCCUAAGACGUGGUACGGUGUUCCGUCAUUCGCAGCUGAGCACUUGGAGGAGGUGAUGAAGAAGCUCACACCAGAGCUGUUUGACAGCCAGCCCGACCUCCUUCAUCAGCUGGUCACACUCAUGAAUCCCAACACGCUCAUGGCGCAUGGCGUGCCGGUUGUCCGCACCAACCAGUGCGCGGGAGAAUUUGUCAUCACCUUUCCCCGAGCGUACCACAGUGGCUUCAACCAGGGCUACAACUUUGCUGAGGCUGUCAACUUUUGCACUGCUGACUGGCUGCCUGCAGGGCGCCAAUGUAUCGAACACUAUCGGCGUCUCCGGCGCUACUGCGUCUUCUCCCACGAAGAGCUCAUCUGUAAGAUGGCAGCCUGCCCUGAGAAGCUGGAUUUGAACUUGGCUGCAGCAGUGCACAAGGAAAUGUUCAUCAUGGUACAGGAGGAGCGCCGACUUCGAAAGGCCCUGCUUGAGAAGGGCAUCACGGAGGCAGAGCGGGAAGCCUUUGAGCUGCUCCCCGAUGAUGAGCGCCAGUGUGCCAAGUGUAAGACAACGUGUUUCCUGUCUGCAUUGGCCUGUUAUGACUGCCCUGAUGGACUUGUCUGCCUCUCUCACAUUGAUGAUCUCUGCAAGUGCCCCACCAGCAAGCAGUAUCUGAGAUACCGAUACACACUGGAUGAGUUACCUGCUAUGCUGCAUAAGCUGAAAGUGCGGGCUGAGUCCUUUGACACCUGGGCCAGCCAAGUGCGCACUGCCCUGGAACUGGAGGAUGGGCGGAAGCGCAGCCUGGAGGAGCUCAGAGCUCUGGAGUCCGAGGCCCGGGAGCGCCGCUUCCCCCACAGCGAGCUCCUGCAGCGGCUGAAAGACUGCCUGCACCAGGCUGAAGCCUGCAUCUCUCGGGCCCUGAGGCUGGUCAGCAGCCAGGAGCCAGGGGAUGUGGAGCCCAGUGGGGAACGCCGGGGCCCCAGGGUGGCAACCCCACAGCUGACCCUGGAGGAGCUCCGUGAGUUCAUUGAGGAGAUGAGCAGCCUGCCUUGUGCCAUGCAUCAGAUUGGGGAGGUCAAGGGCAUCCUGGAGCAGGCGGAGGCUUUCCAGGCCCAGGCCCAGACAGCUCUGGCCUCCCUGCCAGCCAGCCUGGGCCACCUGCCUGGCCUGCUGGAGCAGGCUCAUCGCCUGGGCGUGGAGGUGCCCGAGGCUGAGCAGCUGGAGCUGCAGGUGCAGCAAGCCCAUUGGCUGGAUGAGGUGAAGAGGGCCCUGGCACCCCCGGCCCAGCGGGGCACCUUGGCAGUCAUGCAGGGGCUGCUGGCAUCGGGGGCUGAUGUGGCACCCAGCCCUGCUGUGGACAAAGCCCGGGCCGAGCUGCAGGAGCUGCUUGCCAUCGCUGAACGCUGGGAGGAGAAGGCCCAUCUCUGUCUCGAGGCCAGGCAAAAACACCCUCCUGCCACCCUUGAGGCCAUAAUCCGAGAGGCUGAAAACCUCCCUGUCCACCUGCCCAACAUCCUUGCCCUGAAAGAGGCCCUUGGCAAGGCCCGGGCCUGGAUUGCAGAUGUGGAUGAGAUCCAGAAUGGUGAUCACUACCCGUGCCUGGAUGACUUGGAGGGCCUGGUGGCUGUGGGCCGGGACUUGCCCGUGGGCCUUGAGGAACUGAGGCAGCUGGAGUUGCAGGUGCUGAUGGCCCACUCCUGGCGGGAGAAGGCUUCCAAGACCUUCCUCAAGAAGAACUCCUGCUAUACCCUGCUCGAGGUGCUGUGUCCAUGUGCAGAUGCUGGCUCAGAGAGCAUGAAGAGAGACCGAUGGAAGAGGGAGAAAGAGCAGGGCCUCUACAGAUCAGACACUGAGCUCUUGGGUUUGUCUGCCCAGGACCUCAGAGAUCCAGGCUCUGUGAUCCUGGCCUUCAAGGAGGGCGAGCAGAAAGAGAAGGAGGGCAUCUUACAUCUGCGCCGUGCCAAUGCAGCCAAGCCCUGCCCAUCGGCUCUCCAGCUUACCGGGCCCCCCUCAGCUGUGCCCUCCCCUGAGUCCCUGUCCUGUGUAUGCGGGCAGGCGCCAGUGGGUGAGGGGGCCCUGCAGUGUGACCUGUGCAGGGACUGGUUCCAUGGCUGCUGCGUGUCAGCACCACGCCUCAGUGGGCUCCGGCCCCUGAGCCCCACUCCCCUGGCCUGGUGGGAGUGGGACACUAAAUUCCUCUGCCCACUCUGCAUGCGUUCCCGCCGACCUCGCCUAGAAACCAUCUUGGCCCUUCUGGUAGCUCUGCAGAAGCUGCCAGUUCGACUGCCUGAGGGGGAGGCCCUGCAGUGCCUGACUGAGCGGGCCAUCGGCUGGCAGGGCAGGGCCCGCCGGGCCCUGGCAUCCAGGGAUGUGUCAGCGCUGCUGGGUCGUCUGGCCGAGCUCCGGCAGCGACUGCAUCGGUCCCCGGCCACCCCUCGCCCCCAACCUGGCAGUCUGGCCUCGGCCCCACUCAGGGAGAGCAGAGGUGGCAGCGGCAGCAGCGCCAAUGAGCUUCAGAUGGCUUUGGAGAAUGGAGAUGCUGUGAAAAGCUCUGAGAAGGCCAGCCCUGGGGGCGGCUCAGACCUGGAGCUGCUGUCCUCGCUGCUGCCCCGCCUGGAAGGUCCUGUUCUCGAGCUGCCUGAGGAAGCCCGGGCCCCCCUGGAGGAGCUGAUGAUGGAGGGGGAUCUGCUUGAGGUGACCUUGGAUGAGAACCAUAGCAUCUGGCAGUUGUUGCAGGCCGGCCGCCCCCCAGACCUGAUCCGGCUCCGCACGCUGAUCGAGCUGGAGAAGGCGGAGAGGCAAGGCGCUCGAGGGCGGAGCCGGGCUCCAGAGAAGAGGCGGCGGCGGAAAGGGGAACGUACUGGAGGUGGCGAGUGCACAGAUGUGACCAGGGAGGAGCUGGAGCCAAAGAGAGCCCGGGGCCCAGUGACCACCGAGGCAGAGGAGAUGCUGGAGGAGGAAGAGGAGGAGGAAGGGGAGGCCGAGGGGACCAGAGCCGGGGAUGAGGACCUUCCCCCUGGUGGUGGCAUGCGGAGUUCCAGCCCUCCCCUGAGCCAGAACAGGCCGGAGGUGAGGCCAGGGAGCCAGGGAGGUGGGCCCUCUGCCUGCCCCUCUGCCAUCUGCCCCCUGCCCACCUCCCCUUGUCCCUCUGAACAGCAGCAAUUGUGACAGUUUGGAGCUGGACAUGUGCACCGUCCCGUGUCCCUGCACCCCCUGCUGGUCCCCCCCACACACACACACACCUUGGGAGAGGGAGAGAGAACUUGGGGUUGCGGCCUGCCCGGGCGCUCCUGCCGGGAUGGGGGGCAGGGCUGGCCUCUAGGGGUCUUGGGCCCUUGUCUCCUGUGUGUCCCCUCCUUCCCAGGGGGGCUAGCUUCCUACCAGCAUUCAUUCCCUUGGAUGGGCAGGCCUGUGGUCUGCCCCCCUCCCCUCUUCCUCUGGCCCCAGCCAGCACCAUUCCAGGAGUGGGGAAGGACAGACGCCAGCUUGGCUGGCGCUAGGCCUGGGGGUGUGGAGCUCUUGGCCCGUUCUCUAGGCUAGGCUUCCACUAACCUUCUGUUCCCUGCCCCCCACCCCCCAAGGGCAAGGAGGAGAGGGGAACUAGCCCUUGAUGAGCAAAUCCUAAUGGUUUUCUUUUUAAUUAACUUGGGAGGUUUGAAGAAAGCUUCUUUGGUGCUGCUCCCACAGGCCUCAGCAGCCUGCCAUCUGACCCCGACACCCCCCACCCCCACCCCACCCCGCUUCCUCUCCCCCAUGCCCUGGGAUUUUGUUGUAAGGGGACAAGAGAUGGCAGCUCUGGCUGCCACCUCAUCCAUUUGUUGGGAGGAAGAAACAAAGGAACUGCCCCUCCCCCACAAAACCAAGCAAACCAACAGGAAACACGUCGUUCCCGCAGUUGCCUCUUUUAAUUUUAUUUUAUUAUUUUCCUCUUGUUAGAAAUAAAACUGUUAGCAAUGGUUUUUGGAAAGCC